AUGCCGUCCUUUUUCUGCAUUCCAUUAGCAUGUAAUCGUCAAAUAGACUCGCUUGAUCGUCGACAAAACAACCUUCAGGCUGUACCUCAUGAUAUUGAUCGUUAUCGUGGGCUCGAAGAGCUUCUGCUUGCCAUGAAUCACAUUAAAGAAUUGCCAAAGACACUCUUCCGACUCACGAAGCUCCGUUUACUGGAUCUCAGCGAUAAUGAUAUUUUCUGUGAGUGUAGAAUGCUUAUGAUUUUGGAUUUAAGCUCAAAUCCCAUCACAAGGCCCGUCCAUAUUUUUCAAUUUCUGUUACCCGAUACAAUAGCACAUUGUGUUUCUUUAACGCAUCUAGGAUUGAAUGACGUCUCUCUAACUCAACUGCCUGUAGACAUAGGGCAGUUGGUUAACCUCCGAUCGUUGGAAGCUCGCGACAACCUUAUCCGUACAUUGCCAGCUAGUAUUACACAUAUGAAAAACUUACAAGUGAUUGAUCUCGGCCAGAACGAGCUAGAUCAACUGCCAGCGGAGAUGGGCUGCUUAGAAUCGCUGAGAGAAUUAUAUGUUGAUUCGAAUGAUUUGGAAGCUCUUCCUGAACAACUAACAAAAUGCAGCUUUCUUGAACAGCUGGACGCGAGCGAGAACCGGCUUUCCAGCCUUCCGGAGGAAAUCGGGGACCUCUCCCAGCUCACUGAUGUCAAUUUGGCCGACAAUGAGACGAUUGAAGAAGCUAACUAUCUUGAAAUUGGAGAAGAACCACAUUCACCACUUGACUCAGAGCUACCAUCCUCUAUCGGAAAUUUGCGGAAUUUGAAGAAUUUGAAUGUUGAUCAGAAUAAACUCUCAGCCAUUCCUUCAACGAUUGGAGGUUGUGUCUCGUUGACAGUGUUGUCUUUGAGGGAGAAUGAAAUUACUGAAAUACCUAUGGAUAUUGGAAAGUGUGAAAAAUUAACUGUGUUGGAUUUAUGUAAUAAUAGACUGAGCCAUCUUCCUUUCACGAUCAACGUUCUCUUCAAACUGCAAGCGCUUUGGUUAAGCGAAAAUCAAUCUCAAGCCAUGUUGAAGCUCCAAGUGGAACGAGACCCGCGUACUGGUGUGAAGGUCCUCUCCUGCUAUCUUUUGCCUCAGCUGAGUGCUCAUCCUCAAAAUGGCUAUGGUAUUCAGUACCACAUCGUGUGUCCUAGUGGCAGGAAGCAAAUAGCCGCUAAUCGCGCUGGUCAGAAUCGGUCCUUUGUUGGUGGUCCGAAGGUACAUUUCCCCGAUCAAGACGCUACAGUUGACGAAGACAAGUUGCCAAUUGGGCAGUUUGAACGACACGAUACGCCUCACCCCAAGCCGCAGAAACUUAAGAAAAGCAGCAUCGAUGGGCAUAACCAGCCAGCUACUCUCGUUCUUUCAAAAAAACCAGCUCCUGGUAUGGACUCAUCACCGACAGGGGCUCCUCAACCUGCACCACGUUCCGCGCUCAAAUUUCAAAGUGUUCCUCCAACAGAGUGA